GCAGGCAUAAGGGUGCAGCUAGUUCAAUAACAUUGAACUUAUUACUAACUGGAAGUCUUACCAGGGUAUACUAGGUCUUACUAUUACCUAUCACAGUUCGAGCAAUGGCGGAAUAUUUAACAGAAUAUUUCAACGUUGACGAAAAACGCUUUCUUCUUGCAUAUAGUGCUAAAGCUAAUAACAUUACAGAUACUACUUUUGAUGGCAUAUUGCAUCAUAUUUAUUAUAAUGCGGUAUAUAAUGAUGUCGAGACUAUUGAUAAUGUCCUCAAAGUGAUCAAGGAACUGAAAUUGGAUCUCUGGUCUAUGUUCAAGCAAAAACUUCCAGGAUCAAACGACUUUUCUAACUAUAGUCUUUUAAAAAGUCCCAAAGCAUUCAUCAGAAUAACGGAGGCAGGAGCCUCUAACGGAUUUACAAAAGCAAUAAGAUACCAAGUACAACUGUGGUCCGACUUUAUGGGGUGGUUUUUAAAUGAUCAGGAGAACCAUACGUGGGUGGAAAAGGCGAAUUAUAUUUCUGGAAAUCCUCUCCACUUUCGUGCACUUCAGCUUCUCAAUCUUUAUUUGCGGUUUAUUUACCGCGGUAAAUUUGCAGAGCUCGAAAUGGUCGUGCGAGUACUUUGGAGCUCCAUACCAGAUCCCCUUUUGACCAUGGAUGAUAUUUCUAGGCCUUUUGAGGGGAUCAAUCUUAUACCUUAUCAGAAUAUAAACAGCGUAUGGAAAUUUUACUGCAGUCUAGUGAAUUAUGAAGAAACUUCUGUUAGGCGUCCAAGAUCUCUGCAACACCUUUCAAGAUUCUUCAUCAGAAACCGAUUAAGAGACAACUUUAAAUUGCCCGAAGGAGUGGAGGAACUAGGCAUUCCCAAACAUGUCCAGAAGUAUUUACUUUUGAGAGAUUUCUACAAGAUAGAAUGAAUACUUUAUCUUGGAAUCAUUUUUUUUUUUUCAAAGUAUUUUAUAAAAGAAAUUGACUUGAUAAAAGACUUGAUUAUUUUAAUUAUGAUUUCGAAAAGUUAAGGUUUCUAAUGAACUUCUUUACGAUUAUAUUUUCAUUGUUGCAUGCUUCACUGUUGAAAUAUUUCUUCGGCAUAUCAAUAAACAAUGUAAUCUGUGUGCUAUUA